CGGGCGGACUCUUCACGUCACCGCAGAGAUGGAGGAGAGAGAACAAUAGCAAGUGACGUACAAAACUUCCCUGGAAUCUUUGUUUUUUACUCUUUAUUUUGGGCCGUUUUCGAUGAAUGUCAACAUCCCUGCGACAUCCAAUCACCCUCAGAGCUAUGCUGUGGUCCCAAGUAGCCAACCGUCCCUCCUGGCCACUACCACCACUGCUGUUGCCACCACCACCCAGCUGACAGUGGGAGGUGUGGGUGACAUCCAUAUCUGCGGAGCGUGUGGUACCCGCUUCACUGAGAUCAAGGAGUUUAUGACCCACAAGCGCCAGGGAUGCCAGGCUGGAGCAAGUAUGGGAGGGUGUCCAGGCAUGCCCCAGCUUCCCUCAAUGGCAGCAGUGCAGCAGCCCCAGCCAGGGCCAGGCUCUGUGAUGGGUGUGCCAGUGGGCAUGCCUCAUGUGGUACUGCAGACUGCAUCAGGACCACCACAGGUGUACCGCAUUGUGCUGGAGCCCAGCGUCCCUACCUCCACACCUCAAAGUGGCCCUUCCCUGCAGGCCCCAGCACCCAUCCUUGCCCAGGCACUCUCAGGAGACCCAGUCACCCAUCUGACAGCUGCAUCCACCCAACACCUGGCACCACACCCCUCACACCCACACCACACCCACAGUGUUUCCCAGGGAGGCAUCACCCAGGUGGUGGCCAGCUCCACCACCACUGCACCAGCCAAUGGAACACUGCUGCAGCUGUCACCAGUGGAGGACACAUGGCACACAGGUGGAGCAGCCACGCUGGGUUCCACAGCAACAGUGGAGGAUGAGGGAGGUCUGACUGAUGGAAUGGUAGAGAGGAGAGAAAUGGUGGAGGCUUCCCCUCCCUCUGAUGGCUCAGCCCAGGCAACCAGUAGACCUCCCUCCAUCACUAUCAGCAGGGGAGUAGGAAGACUAGAGGGGGAGACAGGAGUGUUGGCUGCCUCCUCCACUGCCACCACCACCACCACCAUCAUCACCACGGCCACCACCACCACUGCCACGACCACCUCCUCCACCACCACCACCAUGCACACAGAGGAGGAGGACGUGGCCACCUUCCUGGCCACACAACUAGCCAGUCAGGCAGCCCCAUCAAACUCAGCCAGUAUGAAUGAACAUCUGCUGUCAGGGGUGAGUGUUGGUGACAUCCCCACCAGUGAGGGACACCUGCACUUCACCUCUGCCCCAACACAGCCUCAGCACCUCCACCUCACCAUGAACCACCAUACUGUGCAGGCUGAUCCAUUUGGCAGUGAACUCCAGUCUUCAGGUUCAGGGCGACGGUCAGUGAAGGGAAUGUCAACCCCUGAGGACUUAUCCAAUGUAGACAGCAAGGCAAACAUCCUCACCACCUAUCCCAAGGAGACACUGAUGGUUCACGACGGCAUCCACAAGGAGAAGCCGUGUCCUGUCAAGGAUUGCGGUUUUGUCACCUGCCACAAGAAGGACCUCAGCCGACACAUCAGGAAGCACACAGGUGAGAAGCCCUACAGGUGUGAGGAGUGUGGCACAUGUUUCUCUCGAGGGGACAAGCUCAAGGUACACUCUCGGAUCCACUCCAAUGUGCGGCCAUAUGGAUGCACCGAGGAGGGCUGCCAGUACCGUGCCAUUGACUCUGGCAGCCUCCGCAAGCACAUGAGAACACACACCAAUGAGCGGCCUUACAGAUGUCAGCUGUGUCCAUACAGUGCCAGGGAUGGGUCGCAGCUCACAGUGCACCUUAGGACACACACAGGGGACACUCCCUUCCAAUGUAUGGUGGACAACUGCUCUGCCGCCUUCAAGACCAGCUCAGACCUGCGGCGCCACGAGAGGCUCCACACAGGCAUCAAGCCUUAUAAGUGUACUGAGUGUGAUUAUGCCUGUGCCAUCAAGUCCAACCUGACGGUACACAUGCGCCUCAACCAUUACAAGGGUGCCAAGUUCAGCUGCACCAAGUGUGACUUUCUGGGCAAUAGCAGAAAGCAGCUCAAGGAUCAUGAAAAGUCCCAUGCAAAUGUGUUGCUGCAGUGUGAGCGGUGUGACCACAUCAGUACGAGCUGCACAGGACUCAGGCAACACAUGCUCAUCCAUUCCCAGGAGAAACCAUUCCAGUGUCGUUACUGUUCCUUCACUUGCAAGACCACAGGCAAUCUUCGGUAUCACGUGCGCAACAAGCAUGGAUGUGAGGUGUCAGGCCGCAAGCGUGGAGGUGGCGGGGAAAGCGGUCGUGGCCGUGGUGCUGUGGGCGGCAACACUGUGGGAGGGAGGAGAGCAGGCAGACCCACCUGCUUCCGUAGUUUCAAGUGUGGCGACUGUGGCAGUGGCUUUGUGCGGGAAGACUCAUACAGGUCACACAUGCGGCAACAUGAGAAGCACAGGAUUGCCCAGGCAAUAUCUGGCAAGAUGGAGCCAGAUGUCUUCAGUGUUGUGGUGCAGGAUGAAGCAUUGAUGGGUGUCGAGCAGCCUGGAGGUGCAGAUGACCCAGGGGAGGUGGCCCAGGGAGUCACCACCUUCCACAGGAUCCCUCCAGACCCACUACAGCCCAGCACACUCAUCUCUCCCACCAGUGUGGCUGGAGGUUCAGCAGCCAGUGGAGGGGAGGGUGCCAUCAACGGCUACAGUUCCUAUGUGAUCACCAUUGACGGCAUUUCCACUGUAUUCCCCAAUCCUGUGCGACUGUCAGCUGGUGCCAGCAGCAGUGGUGGUGGACAGCAGGGGGAGGGCCUGCAGGUCAUCACAGGUGAUAUUUUGUCUCAGGAGGUCAAGAUGACUAAUUAUGACCCUGAGGAGGACACUAAGUUGCCUCCAGAGGCACACCCCUUCUCUCAGGACAAGGGAGGGCGGCCAGGCCACCACCCCAUGUACAAUGUGGCCUCAGCCACCAAGGGCAUCAGUCAGGGCCAGACAGGACGGGACUAUGCCCCUCCAGACCUGCAGCAGACAGUCCUUCUGGAGCAGCAGCCAGGCACCAUGAAUGCCUCUCUCCAGGGCCACAGCCUUGUCCCCAAACCCAAGGUGGAGUGACUUGUAUAUGUGUAUUUCUUUGUUGUGGUGUGGUGAGCUGCAUGGACAAGCACCCCUCUGUCAUCGCCACCAGAAUGUGCUGAAAACAAUAAAAAUAUAUGAAGGAGUACAGCCCAACUCUCCUCCCUCUGUCCCAGUUGUUAUUUAAAUAAUAUCUUUUGUAAAUUGUUCACUUAUGAUGUUGAGUAAAAAAAAAUAAUACUAAUCAUGA